AUCCGAAUUAAAGCAGCCCUGCUUCCUGUUGAGGGUUUCAGAGCCCGUUAUAAUAUUGCCCUGGAAUAAGAAGAAUAAACUGAUGAUAAUAUUUAUGAGGGACGGGAUGGACGCUGGAUCUCCGCGGACUGCUUCGACAAUAUAAAGUUUUUCUAGGGGGCCCGACAUGCCAGGAUCCCUCCUGUGGGCCGUGGAUGUGUAUGGGAGGGUGUUCAGCCUGUGCACCACUGGAGGGCGCUGGAAACGGUCUAAAGAUGUUUUACUGGAGCUGAAACGGGUCACAGCUGCUGAGCAAUGCUGCUGGGGCAUCGGUUGUGACCAUCAGGUCUAUCUUAAUGUACUCCCAAGUGAUGUGCCUAUCCGCCACCAAGAGGAGACGUAUGAGAACCAGAGAUGGAACCCAGUUGAAGGAUACACAGACACACUUCUCCCCACAGACCGCUGGCAAUGGACAGAUGAGUCGGGACAGAAACCACAGCCUCUCCACAGCUUCCAUCUGCCCUCUGAUAACUGGGAGUGGGAGGGAGACUGGUUUGUGGACGAUGAGAGCUGUGGGAGAGAGUCCACUGCAACAGGGGGCUGGGAGUACGCUGUAGACUUCCCUGCCACCUUCACCAAAGAGAAGAAAUGGAACUCCUGUGUCCGUCGCAGGCGAUGGCUUCGCUACAGGAGAUAUAAAGCACGGGGGUCAUGGGCCAAGGUAUCAGACUUCAGGUCAAGGGUGCCUUUGGACAGAGGCCGGCCUCCUCCAGAGCCCUUCACUGAUAUCAGCUGUGGAGGCUGGGACAUCAGCGACAGUCCAGAGAAGCGCAUCUGUCUAUGGGCCGUGUCUCAACAAGGGAAGGUGUGGUUCCGUACAGGCGUCCAGCAGCAGAACCCAGAGGGGACAGCCUGGGAGCACGUUCCUGUACCCAGAGAAGUGUCACAGAUCAGCGCUGGCCCGGGGGACCUCCUGUGGGCUGUGCUGUGGGACGGCCAGCUGCUUGUCAGGACCGGCAUCAACAGGGACUGCCCUAAAGGUGCAUCAUGGGUGACAGUGGAUCCUCCAAGCAAGGUUGGAGCCAUCCACAUAGCAGUUGGAGUUAAUGUAGUUUGGGUGGUCACCAAGGACAACAAGGUGUGGUUCAGAAGAGGAGUGAACUCUCAUAACUCCAGUGGCUUAGGCUGGAUCAGUAUUGGUGGAGAGAUGGUGAUGAUCAGCGUGGGGCCCAAUGACCAGGUGUGGGGGGUUGGCAGCGAGGACAGGACUGUUUACUUCCGCCAUGGAGUCACCCCUACUGAGGUAACUGGGAAGGCAUGGGUCCCUGUGUGUGCCCAACUGGACAGAGGUCAUGCCACAAACAGGCCCAGUGAUGGCUGCCUCUUCGGUGGUCAGCUCACUGGCCCUUCUCAGGGUUCCGUGCUCAGUUGUGAUGACUCGGAUGUCCCCAGGCAGCACAUCCCUAAGAUCACCAGUGAUAGUUUCAUCUCCGCCCUGGUGGCUGACUGCAGCGCUCCUCCAGAGGGGUCAACCACAACGCCAAACCCCACCUCACUUGAAGUGGACCAGGAAGUACUAAAGGAGGCUGCGGGGGAGGACGAUGCUCCUAGCCAGGCCCCAGUGCUCCCAUCCAGCCAGCUAAAUGGUGGUGAACUCCCUUGGAGUAACGUGGAUCUGGAGGAGAUGAAAGCCACCCCAGCAAGUACUGCGCAGAGCUCAGUGGCCACAUACCCCAUGGAGCUGGAAGCCAUUGUGGAGCAAGAGGAGGGUCCACCAUGGGCCUCGAUCACAGGAGGAGGAUGUGAGAUAGACUCUAGUUCCAGUAUCAGCUGGCUGGAAACUACAGAAGAAGGCCUGCUGUCUCCCUCCAUCGCUCCUGCUCUUAGUGCAGCAGGUGCUCAGGGUCCUCUGGCAGAGAGAGCGCUACGAGAAAAAGAGAAAACUAUGGAGAAGUCUGUGAGUGUGAGAAAAGGUGUGAUGAGCUGGUGGAGGGACUGGCAGCCGCAGCAGUGGGAGGAGGUGGGCGUGACUCUGGAGCAGGUCAGGGGUGUUGGAGCGUCCCGGGACGACAUCCUUUACAUCUUCUAUACACACAAUGAGGAAAGAAAGUAUCUGUAUGCUGUGAUAAGGGAAGUGACAGCCCUUGUUCCAGUAUUUUGGGAGUCACUAUACGCACUGGCUGUUUAUACAGCUGAGAGGACCAGGCAGAGAUGGCCUAUUCUGCUGGCUACAGAGUCCCAUCAAGACUUUGAGAACUGGCUGUCUCUGUUGAGUGAGUCAUGUUGUGAGUCCAGGGCUCUCCGAGAUCCCCCCUCCAAACAAGCCAUGUGGGCCGUCACCUCUAAAGGGGACAUCAUGGUGCAUGACCCAUCACCCAGCCUGGAGGCACCUGCCCAGUACUUACCCUGUGACCAGAUGUUCUGGCGUCAGGUCCCGGGUCACCUGCUUUGUGUGGAGUCUAACAGUCUGGGUGUGGUGUGGGGCAUCGGCUAUGACCACACUGCCUGGGUCUACACGGGGGGCUGCAGGGGAAACCAAGCUCAGGGUGAAAUUAAUCAGCAUUCACUGACUGAUGUUAGAAAUGUCUACAUCUACGAGAACCAGCGGUGGAACCCAGUGACAGGAUACACAGAUAAGGGUCUCCCCACAGACCGGUACAUGUGGAGCGAUGCCGUUGGACUGAAGGAGUGCACCAAAGAGAACACCAGACCACCCUCACCUCAGUGGACAUGGGUGUCAGACUGGGCCAUUGACUUUAGCACCCCAGGAGGAACAGACAAAGAAGGCUGGCAGUAUGCUGCAGACUUCCCAGUGACUUUUCAUGGCUAUAAGACCAUGAAGGACUUUGUGAGACGAAGGCGAUGGGUCAGGAAGUGUAAGAUUACAUUAAUGGGGCACUGGCAGAAAGUCCCGCCUAUCCCGCUGAUUGACGUCACCAUCCUGCCAUGUCUGGCUCAGAGCAGUCUGGAGCAGGUGCCUGUGUGGGCCAUCAGUGAGAAGGGGGACGUGCUGUGCCGUCUGGGAGUAAACGCUCAUAACCCAGCUGGCAGCUCCUGGCUCCAUGUGGGGACUGACCAGCCCUUUAAGUCCAUCUGCAUUGGAGGAGGCCACCAGGUGUGGGCCAUCGCCCGGGAUGGAGCAGUCUUCUACCGAGGCUCAGUCUCAUCCCAAAACCCUGCGGGCGAGUGCUGGUACCACAUUCCCUCUCCCCCCAGGCAGACACUCAGACAGGUGUCUGUGGGCAGAACCUCUGUUUAUGCUGUGGAUGAAAACAGUAAUCUGUGGUACAGGCAGGGUCUGACGCCUAGUUAUCCUCAGGGAUCUACGUGGGAGCUCAUCUCCAGCAACGUUUGCAGGGUUUCUGUUGGACCGUUGGACCAGGUUUGGAUUAUAGCUGAUAAGGUCCCGAGUUUUCCUUCUGAAAGCUCAGGCACUGUAUGCCACAGGCUCGGCGUGCGGCCCAUGCAGCCUAAAGGCUUGUCCUGGGAUUUCGGAAUCGGGGGCGGAUGGGAGCACCUGUCAGUGAGAGGGAAUUCCACAGAGGCCCAGCGUGCGGCUCCUCGCAGCCCUCUGCCCGGCCGGAAUCAGGCGCAGGUGAAUGGGAAUGCUGCGGGAUGUUAGAGACCACACACCCUCCAUUAUCCUCCUCACUGUCAUAACUGCCUGCCCUGCAUGCCUCAGCCCACUGCUCCGGACACCCCAUCCCAGCCUCGUUUCAACCAUAUGUGACUUUUCUUUCUUUUAUUUGUGUGUGCGUGCUUGAGUGCUUUUCUUCAUUUUGACCAUUUGCAUGAAUUGCUCUUGAAUGUACUGACCAUGGCUUCUUUUUUUUUUUAAUAAAUUAAUUUAUUCUUUUCUUUAUUUAAUUGUAUUCAUAAGCUACUGCUGUUACUUUUACUUCCUAAUAUGCUAUUUUUCUGUAGUAAGGUCCUCUGUCAGUCUUACAAAUCUAACAAAUCACAUUUUACAUCCUGAUACUCUGUGAAAAAUGACAGACUCCAUUUUGACAUCAUUAAAAAAAAAAAAAAAUACAUGCAACAGAAUAAUAUGCUUUGUACAACAGUAUUUACUGACAGGGUAUAAAAUUUUCAAAUAUAUUCUUUGAAUGUGUAUGCUCUGUUCCUCAAUAAAUACAUGUACACAAGGACAGGAUUUUAUUGAAGCCAUCAGCAUUUAACAGAACAUCAUACUGUAAUUCUCCAUUAUUCAAAAGUGUGGAAUCACUUCCAAUAUUAUACCCGGUAACACAAACUAUUCACCAAAGGUAUGUUUUGAUAUUUAAUAUUUCAAAUAUUCAGUAAAGAACUGAAUGAAAUGAUAACACAGUAAUUAUCCAUUUACGUGUUUGUCCAGGUAUCAGCUUUGACUAGGAUGCAGACUGUGAUACGGUACAUCAUUCUGGACACAUGUAGAAUGUCAAUUUCUUAACAAUGUACAGAUAAUUAUUUGAAACCUGUCAAGUUGAAAACAUUCGAAUUGCUUUAUUCAGGUGUCUGCAACCAAAUUUGUUUUAUUUUAUUGAAAACACUGAUUCCAAACUUUUAAACAGCAGCAUAUAGUAUCAAGUGAUGAGUGAAACAUUCAUGAGAUCAGGGAAACAGAGGUCAUUUUUCUUUUAUUUCAAUAAUAAACAGUGUAAUUAUAAACAAUUCAUUCAAUUACACUAAGCAUGAUCAUCAAUAUGAAGUAAAAAUAUCACCAUUUUUAAAAUUUACAAGUUAUAAGGACAUGACCUGCAUUUUCUUAGUUAUUUUACUUCAGGCUUUUUCAUUUUUGAUCAUUUUUAAACCGUGAUAUGUCGCUCUUUAACUUUAAAUUACAAAAUGAUACCUUACCCCUAGAACUUACAUCAUUCCCAAUUUACAGACAAAAUUUAACAUUUAUAUACAUCGGUACAGUUCACCAUUAAGUUACACUUUUUUCCCAAGAUGUGCAAGAUUAAGCAAAUGUAUAUACUGUAGAAUAAAACCAAAGAGUUUCCUUAAAUAAAAUGUCAAGAUCAACUAAAAGAGUGCUGGUAAUACAAAUAAUGAACUGUUCUAAAACACAGCUUACUGUACUGAAUUACAAGAAUUAUCACCUAUGCACCUGAUUACUUACCCCAAUCUGGAGGUAAACACCAACCUCAGUUUUCACAAUUAAGACUGUGAAGAAGCUAAACCACCAAAAAAACCUUGGUUGAAAAUGUUCAAAAAGCUUAUCCUGUCAAUUUUUCAGCUUACUCAAAUCAUUUCAAAUAUGUACAUACUAAACAAAUUUUCAUACAUUAUUUGCAAAGGGAAAUUCCUUAUCAUGUUAUGAUUGACUUAAUGAAACGAUUAUGAAUGUCCUAAUCAAAAAUGAAGGAACUAUGCUGAAAUAUUAGUGUCUGUUCAUAAGCUGCUCUUUAGAAUUAGAGUGGGGUGCAUUAACGAAAAAAGUUACGUAACUGACCAAAGGCUUUUAACAUCCAUCACGAAUGUGUUCUUAACAUCUUGAAAACAUUUAGCCCCGCUAACAACCACUCAAACUGAUCAUGGAACACAUGAAUCACAGUUCAUGAUCACUAUGACAAUUCAUGCUACAUUCUAGGUGAAGGCGAUAUGAUAUGGAUGAACAUCCAGACGUGAUAAGACCAGAUAUGAUGUCAUGACUUUAACAGUAUUAGGAAAUACAUAAAAGA